UAAGCCACCAUCUAAACUCACCACUAGAAUGUUCUCAAUGGGAGGCUUGCUCACAAUUUUAGCAGAUAUCAACCAAUUGAGUAACACGUCACGGUAGGCGUUGUUUGCAAUGACUAGUGUCACCUGCUUCCCCUCGAAAGAGCUCAAGACACUCAGCAGAGGUUUCAUCCAAGAUGCCAUGACCAAUUCAGCACGGGUUUCAUGUAGCUCGACGAGUAGACAUGACUGUGAUUUCCACCAUCAGCUCCUUCAAUUGGCGGCUUCUCCUGAUCAACUUCAUUCAUAAAAGCAAGUUG